CUAUUCAACCCAAAGCCUCCAAAGAGGGUCAAUUGUACGAAGGAAACGAGUCCUCGGAGAAACCAGGCGGUGGCAUUGAUAUUGAAAAGGCAAAAAUGGUCUUGAAAGCCGAGGACGCAUUCGAUCGAAAGACCGAACGCGCUAGAAUCAAGGAAGUACACAAGGAAAAGAAGAGGAAAGAAAAGGAAUUAAAGAACAAACGGAGGAAAGAGCAAGAGGGUGAGGCGGGCGAAGAUCAGGAUUCAGAAGAAGAAGACGAGGAUGUUGAAGACGAAGAGGAGGAAGAUGGUAAAGAGCCUAAUUUGGAUUGGUCUGCUGUACGGCCAAGGCGGAAAAUGCGUCUAAUGGACUCGUCUGAAGAUGAGGACGGCGAAGAUGUAAUUACCAUGAAACGAAAGGAUCACGCCAUUGGAAAUAAUGAUUCAGAGGAUGACGGACACGACCUUCUGCCCCUCUUGGGCCGAGGAUCGUCCAAGGUGGUGACAAAGGCUGCUGCCGUCAAGAAGGCGUUGAAGAAGAACAUCCAGUUGAAUCAAAAAGUCAAAUUUGAUGACGAUGGUGGGGCCCAUGAGGAUGAUCCAGCUAUUCAACCCAAAGCCUCCAAAGAGGGUCAAUU